AUAAGAACAACGGUCAGCAACCAAUGUUCCAAUAUAAUUAACCUAUGAUUAAGCAGUAGUUCGUAGUUGUUCACUGCACUGAUCUGUUUAUAUUAACAUUCAUAAUAAUAUUGCGAUUUUUGUAUAAAGUAUAUCUGUCCAAUUUAUUUAAAUACGACUGUUUUUAGUCUUAUACCUGACUACAAGCAAAACGUACCUCCAUUUGGUCCUUCAUUGAAGUUAACAUGUGUUCAGCGCUACAACAACCAAUUAAUUAGUCAUGUCUGGGAUUUCAUUUAAUCUUCUACAAUAUUCCUUAUACGUUUUAGUAUUUUUUCGGUACUCCGAAAGUCUUCACAUUUUAGCCGUCGCUCCGUAUGCGGCUAAAAGUCACUGGAAUUUCAUGACCUCUGUACUCCAUGCAUUGACUGAUGAGGGACACAGUGUAACAGUAUUGACUCCGUUUUUAAACGGCAACUAUGAAAACUAUACCGAGAUCGAUUCAUCGGGAAGUCAAGAAUGGACUCAAGUGGACAUGGAUGUCACUAAACGAGUUAAACAAUUUGGCAGCAUUGCAAAUCUGGCAACGAACAUUAAGAAAGUAAACAGCCAAUAUUGCGGAGAAAUCUACUCAAACGCCAGACUUCAGGAAAUUAUUGCCGCCGCGUCAUCGUCUAAGGCUUCUAACAAAUUCGACGUAGUAUUUGCCCAAAAUAUAGGCUCAGACUGUUUUUCGUUCGUAGCAAAGAUUCUGGAUUUACCUUUAAUAUACGUACAUUCAGUGCCCGCAUUGGUUUACGAAGCGUCGUUCGUCGGAGAAGAACCCAACCCCGCUUACGUCACAACUGUAUUGUCACCUUUAAGCACACCAAAAACAUUUCGAGAACGCGUCCAAAACACUGUCAUCGUCCUCCAAAGUAAGUUUUUUUUUUGGUUUGUUGAAAUAUGGGCUCAGAAGUUUUCUCCCAAACCGUAUGAUUUAAAUGAAUCGGUCAAACCCUCGGCUAUGUUCAUCAACAGUCAUCUAGUCGUUGAACCGGCCAGACCAAACCUUCCAAACGUCGUAAGCAUCGGUGGUAUACAUCUAAGCGAACCAAAAGCAAUACCGAAAGAUAUACUUGAGUUUAUUGAAAAUUCACCGAACGGAGUGAUUUACCUCUCGUUUGGAUCGACAAUAGCUAUGUCAAAAUUACCGGACCACAUACAAAAGUCAUUUACGCGAGCCCUUGGACAACUACCUCAGAGAAUACUAUGGAAAUUUGAAAGUGAAAUGGAAGACAAACCGGAUAAUGUUAUGACGAAAACAUGGUUUCCUCAAAGAGACAUACUUGUACAUCCAAAUGUAGUAUUGUUCAUUGGACACGGCGGAAUAUCGGGCAUAUACGAAGCAAUUGAUGGUGGAGUACCAAUUCUAGGUUUUCCUAUGAUCAUAGACCAACCAAGGAACUUGGCAAAUCUCGAAGCUGUUGAAUUAGCUAUUUCUUUGGAUCUUAUGAGCGUUACCGAAACUCAAAUUUUGAAAUCGGUGAAUGAGCUAAUAAACAAUAAAAAAUAUUCUCGCAACGCCAAAACUGCCUCCGGUCUUUUUAAGGAUCGACCGAUUUCACCAAAAAGAUCAGUUGUUUAUUGGACUGAAUACGUAGCUCGUCAUAAGGAAACGCAUUAUUUGAAGUCUAAAGCCUUAGACCUUGCCUGGUACGAAUUAUUGUUGUUAGAUGUUUUUUUCGCAGUUUCAGUAUUUAUGUUGUUUGUCACUUAUUCAUUUUAUAUGUGUUAUACUUUUUUUUAUAAACUUUCAGUGAAAUACUUGUUUGGCAUGUCCGGGAUUUCUUCAAACUUUCUGCGUUGUUUUGUGUACAUUGCAAUAUCAUUACGCUGUUCGCAAAGUCUUCGAAUAUUAGCUGUUGCACCUAUUCCAGCCAAGAGUCACUGGUAUUUUAUGACAUCUGUGCUCCGUUCGUUGACCGACGAGGGUCAUAUUGUAACCGUGUUCACACCAUUUUUAAACGGGAACUAUGAAAAUUAUACCGAAAUCGAUACGGCCGGCAACCGGGAAUGGACGCAAGUGGAUAUGGAUCUCGCUAAACGCGUUAAAGAUUUCGGAGACAUUAGAAAUUUAGCGAUAAAUGCAAUGAAAUUUAAUAACCAUAUUUGCGACGAACUUUACGCCAACAACAGGUUGAAAGAAAUUAUCAUCGCCGCAUCAUCAACUGAUCAAUUCGAUGUAAUAAUGGCUCAAAUAUUAAGUUCAAAUUGUUUGUCAUGCAUAGCUAGGAUUCUUAAUUUGCCUUUAAUAAACAUACAAGCAACGCCUUCAUUCAUAUUUGAGUCGCCUUACGUGGGAGAAGAACCCAACCCCGCUUACGUCACAACUGUAUUGUCACCUUUAAGCACACCAAAAUCCUUUCAAGAACGCGUUUUAAACUCAGAAAUUGCCUUAAAAACUAAAUUUUACUUUUGGUUUGCGGAGGCAAUGACCAAACAUUUUUAUCCUAAACCGUAUGACUUCAUCGAACCGGUCAUACCAUCCGUUAUAUUCAUCAACAGUAAUUUAGUCAUUGAACCGGCUAGACCUAACACGCCUAACAUUAUAAACAUCGGCGGAAUACACCUGAGUGGACCAAAAGCAAUACCGAAAGAUAUACUUGAGUUUAUUGAAAAUUCACCGAACGGAGUGAUUUACAUCUCGUUUGGAUCGACAAUAGCUAUGUCAAAAUUACCCGACCACAUACAAAAGUCAUUUAAGCGAGCCCUUGGACAACUACCUCAGAGAAUACUAUGGAAAUUUGAAAGUGAAAUGGAAGACAAACCGGAUAAUGUUAUGACGAAAACAUGGUUUCCUCAAAGAGACAUACUUGUACAUCCAAAUGUAAUAUUGUUCAUUGGACACGGUGGAAUAUCGGGUAUAUACGAAGCAAUUGAUGGUGGAGUACCAAUUCUAGGUUUUCCUAUGAUCAUAGACCAACCAAAGAACUUAGCAAAUCUCGAAGCGGCUGAGAUGGCUAUUUCAUUAGAUUUAAUGAGUGUUACUGAAAUUCAAAUCUUGAACUCUGCGCGUGAGCUUAUAAACAAUGAAAUAUAUUCACAUAACGCCAAAAUUGUUUCUGAACUGUUUAAAGACCGCGUUAUGCCACCAAAAAAAUCAGUUGUGUAUUGGACAGAAUACGUAGUUCGUCACAAUGGAUCGCCUCAUUUGAAGUCUAAAGCCUUUGACUUAACCUGGUAUGAAAUAUUAUUGUUAGAUGUUUUACUUGCAUGCUUGACAAUUUUGUUAUUUGUUACUUAUUUGUGUUAUAAGUUUUUUACUUUUAUUUAUAUGCAAACAAGGAAAUAUUGUUUUUAUUUGGGUUAUUCCAAUGUGUAACAUAAAUGUUUUUCUUGCAAGUUUGACAACUUUGAUAUUUGUCACUUAUUUAUUUUAUAAGUGUUUUACUAUAAUACAUUAGUAAUCAACACAAUAUUUUAGUUAUUAUAAUAUUUAUAAAGCUUGUUUUUUUCAAGUAUUCCCAUAUAAAAGCGUUAGAUGGUAUCAAUCAGCGCUGUGUCUAUUGCGCAAGACUACUGGAUACAGGGCUAUGUACACAAAUAUUUUACAUACAUUUUGCAAUGUUGUAAGGAAUUGAUUUCUAUUUAUAUCUAAAUCAAAAACUGAAUAAUUGUAUUCUUUUUAUUUUUAAAUAAAAUAAUUAUUUAUUUAUAGUGA